CUAUAAGAAUAUAUCAUACAUGUACAGUUAAUAAGUGCGAAUUCAAGUAAGAGCUCACUAAUCUAAGGCUGGAGAGAAAUGCCGACAAGCGGUAUUGGUGGUAGCAGCGACGACGGCCACGGCCACGGCGGUUUUGCUGCUACUGUGUUUCUUUUCUUAUUUCUUCUUGCUUUCUCCGAUGCACAAGUUUCAGGCAAGAUGGGCAUAAACUAUGGGCAACUAGGGAGCAACUUACCAUCACCUUAUCAAUCUAUCCAAAUUCUCAAAUCCAUAAAUGCAAGCCGUGUGAAGCUCUACAAUGCAGACCCAGAAAUCUUGAGACUCUUAGCAGGUUCCAAGAUUCAGGUAUCCAUUAUGGUCCCAAAUCAAGAAAUCAUCAGGAUUGCCUCAGACCAGACCUUAGCCAACCAAUGGGUCCGACAAAAUGUUCUCCAAUAUUAUCCAAAUACUAUGAUCAGAUUCAUUCUUGUUGGAAAUGAAAUAUUCAGUUCUGUCUCAGUCCAAGAACAGAACUAUGUCUGGCCUAAUCUUGUCCCUGCAAUGAGAAACAUCAAGAACUCACUCAAAAUUCACAACAUUAAAAAUAUCAAAGUUGGUACUCCAUUAUCUAUGGAUAUACUCCAAACAACAUUUCCACCAUCAAAUGGGACAUUCAGAACAAAUGUUUCAAUUUUGCCACCUUUGUUGAAAUUCUUGAAUGGUACUAAAUCUUAUUUCUUUAUUGAUGUUUACCCUUAUUUCUCAUAUUCUGCUGAUCCCACAAGUACAAGCCUUGAGUUUUGUUUGUUCAGAUCAAGAGAAAGCUACACUGACCCUGCAAAUGGGUUAGUCUAUAGUAACAUGUUAGACCAAAUGUUGGAUUCUGUCAUUUUUGCUAUGUCUAAAUUAGGAUACCCAAAUAUCCAAUUAGCUAUAUCAGAAACUGGGUGGCCUUCAGGUGGUGAUAUAGAUCAAGCUGGUGCUAAUAUUCACAAUGCAGCAACUUAUAAUAGGAAUUUAGUUAAAAAAAUGACUGCCAACCCUCCAAUGGGGACACCAGCUAGACCAGGUACGAUGAUACCAACAUUUAUUUUCUCGUUAUAUAAUGAAAACAGAAAAGAUGGCCCUGGAACAGAAAGGCACUGGGGUGUGUUUAAUGAAAAUGGGAAGGCUAUUUAUGACAUUGAUUUAAGUGGGCAAAGACAAGAAUCUGAGUAUGAGCCAUUGCCUGAAGGAAUUAAUAACAGGCCUUAUAAAGGGAAGCUGUGGUGUGUAGUAAGAAGAGAGGCUGGUUUAAUGGAGGUUGAAAGGGAAUUAAGCACUGUUUGCAGUCAAGGGAAUGAGACAUGUGAAGCUUUGGCUCCUGGAAAUGAUUGCUAUGAGCCAAUUUCUGUGAUUUGGCAUGCAAGUUAUGCUUUUAGCUCUUAUUGGGCUCAAUUCAGGAGUCAAGGUGCUAGUUGCUACUUCAAUGGACUUGCAAAGCAGACCACCACAGAUCCUAGUCAUGGGUCAUGCAAGUUCCCUAGUGUUACUGUGUGAAGAUGAUUUAUGCAAGUUCCCUAGUGUUAUUUUGAUGGAGAUCUUAUUUAAUUAGUUGUUUUCAAUUCACACACAUGUAUGAGAUAACAAAGAGCAUUGUAUUUAUUAAUAAAAUGGUCUAUUGAAUUAAUAAAAUGUCUUCUCAUUUAUUA